CUAUCUUUUGGCUGAUUUUGUUUUAGCUGUCUGGAGAGAAUUACCGCUAAGCUAUCCGCGCUUUCAUUGCUAUCACGGUUACACUGAGAGUCCUUUUCGGAAGAUAAAUCCUUAUUUCUGCAAGAAUGGAUUCCAUAAUCGACMUGAAUGGCCUGGACAACUUACAAGACAAAAAGAUAUCUCUCAAGAGAGUCAUCCARCGAAAAACCGAGCUCACAUCAAAAGUUAAAGAGCUCGAAAAUCUCGAGAAAUCCCUUGCCAAGCAGCGCGCAGAUMUCGAAUAUAUCGACAGCUUCAUAAAGAAAUGGUCAAGUGAUUUUGACAAGGUCCCGCGAAACAAUCAGGGAGUCCCGUAUGUAAGAAAUGUYAAGGAAAUUUCGUCACAAGUGAGUCGACUUCUCAAUGAUAUUCAUGGCGAUUUCUACUUCAGAWUGCAGAAUCUCGCAACGGCUGACGUUCCAUGUUUUGAACAAGUUCAUGAAGGUUUAGAGACUUUGAAAAAGCAGCUUACAAGAAUUGUAAACGAUGAURUAUCGUAUAAAGCCACUUUUAUUGAAGAAAUUCGGCAACUUUUAGGGAAAUUGAUUGGCAUAACUUCAACGAUGUUAGAUAUUUAUUUUGAAAAUUAAAGAAAAAGUUGUCCAAGUAUAUUAGGCAUUAAGAUGUAAAGUUUAAUAGUUCUAUUUUUGUUUUUAGCAAAAUUAUGAAUAAGUUAUUCAAACAAA